UAGACAAGACCGGAAAGUAAUUGUGUUUUGUUAUGUAGCUUUCGACUGGUGGAGAAACCGUUCACACAUUUUAAACACCGAUUCCCAACAAAUUCAAAUGUUUUGCCAACAUUUCGUAUUAGAAUAGUAGCACAAAACCUAAGAAGCGGUCGAGGAAUUUUGCGCGACCCCAAGUGUACUAAAACCCUUCUGAUUUCAACGACCACCGAGUUCUCUAUUUUCUAUGUAAAGUGACGAGCCAAAUAAGUGAAAAAGCAGAGCAAAUCCCACAAUCGAACGAGGACCAGAUGUGCUAGCCAAGAAACCAGGUCCGCAGCCAGCCCCAGACGAGUCCGAAAAAAAAGAAGAGAAGAAGCCAUCAGCCAGUCAGUGAGUAAUAGAGCCCGGAAAGGAGUUUCCAGAUUGAAGGACAUGUGGUCCCACCAGUACAAGAUGCGUCCGCAGAUGCACUUGCCCGUCAUCCACGAGCAGAUCGCGAUGCAGUGCGCCCGGAACAUAGUGCGUGUGGCCUCCGCCUUGCCGCAACCGCAGCCCCGCUGUCCAUCCGGCCAUGUGGCAGUGCUCGUGGAGCUGCGCCGCGUGGACGAGUCUACCGUGCACCGCUACCAGGUGAACGUGCCGCCCACGGGCUGGCCGUCUGGUGAUUCCCAGGGGUCGGAGGCACAGGAACAGGAGGGCUUUCAGCAGCUGGUGCUCCCCGGAACCCUGGAAACGAUGGGCCACAAGAUUCCUCAGCCGGAGAGACCUCCAUGUCCCAUGCACGGCCAUGCUAUUGUGGACGCUGGGAACGCCCCCAAAAUCUGGUCGCCGGACUCCCACUCUGGGCCACCUCCUCUGGUGAUGACCCAGUGCUCCAUGCACAUGGUGAAUGGCCAGAACCCUAAGGAAUUUGCCACCUUCAGUGAGCCCGUCGUGGCUGGCGAUUCACCGGACGUCCUGAGGGCGCACUUUACGGCCAGUCUCUACCAGCAGCAUGCCAGUCCCCUCACCUACUCGGACAUCUGGGUGCAGGGAGAAGCUCCGGGGCAUCUGCCCCAAGGGGAGUCCGCCCCCCAACCUCCCAUCCCGCAGCUCUGUUUGGGGGAGAGCAACGAGUAUGUGGCCACCUCGAAGGCACGACGCAUCAAUGGGCUCAAGGCGUCUCCCAAAAGAACUCCUCGAAACGGAAAUGGAAAUGGAAACGGAAACGGGAAGGGAAUAGAGCCACGCAGGAUGGCCGAGCUGUGCCUGGACAGCAACGGGAACUACGUGCCCAAUGAGCAGCUGCAGCGUCCUUUCAACAGCCUCCGUUCGCAGGCGAUCCCCAACGAAAUGAGAAUGGAACAGUCCUACAAUGGGCAACUUCAGAGCCACCAGGCGGAGUCGCCACCCAAGGGACUCAACGGCUACAAGGGCGAGCUCUGCGGCUAUGGUUACAUCGGCAAGGAUCCCGGCAAGCCCAAGAACGGCUACAAGGAUCAGCCGAUGGCGUUUUCGGAGCGAGGAAAUGUCCUGGGGCAGAUGCAUGCACAGUACCCGAGUCAAAUGAUGGGUCGUGUGGCAAUGAUAGAACCGCGCAUUCGCCAGGUGGCACCCAUUGUCCCGCAAAACAACCCGUCCUUGCGCAGUCUACCAGCAGUGACGGUGCCCCCGGCGCCACCUCAGGCCUAUCCUCGGGAGCUGCAGGAGCUCUUCCGCUGGAAUUAUUGUGCCCUGUGCCACACGGUCAUGCGGUCGCAGCGUAAUGCGCUGGACCACUACGCGUCGCGGGCGCACGACCGCCGGCUGAGCUCCUGGCUGGUGCGCCAGAGCCCCACUGGCCAUGCUGGUCAGGCGGGACAGGCUGUGGGCGCCGUGGGCGUGUCGGAGGAGACGCUGCAGUACUUGCGCUCCGCCCGCCCGGCGGACUUCUACUGCGAACUGUGCGACCUCAAGCUGACCUCGGUGAUGCAUGCCGAGCAGCACUUCUGUGGGCGCCGCCACCGCCUGGUGGCCCGCCAGAUGAUCAAACCGAACGGAGAGGGCUUCUACGAUCCGGAGGGCAAGUGGGUGCGCACGGACGCCAAGUUCCUGAUGUGCGAGCUGUGCGACGUGAGCAUCACCUCGGAGUCCCAGAUGGCCAUGCACAUGGCGGGCACCCGUCACCGGAGGCGGGUGCACUCCGUCUAUGCGGCUGGAUGCGCCGAGGCCAUGGCCUUGGGUGUGGGUAUGAACGUGGGCAUGAAUGUGGGCGUGGGCGUGGGCGUGGGUGUGGGUCUGGCCCCCUUCAAUGGCGGGCAGGUGUACGGGCUGAACGCCAAUGGAUCCCUGGCCCCCCUGAGGCCCAUAGGCCUGCAGAUCCUCCCAGCCCCGCAGCCACGUCCCCUUGCCGAUCCCUCCUACUACUGCGAGGCAUGCAACAUCACGCUGAACCAUUUGAAGUCGGUGCGGCAGCACGAGCAGGGACGCAUGCAUCGCCGCAAUCUGCACAGGCUUCCGGGACAACCGGUAUUCUACGAGUGAGCUGGCGGAUUGGGAGGCUGGGAGAUAUACUGGAUGCAGCCACAAAUAAUAUCAGCAGCCCGGAGUCCUGGAGUUACCGCACCCACUCCCACCCACCGGCGGAUAUUCAUGCUGAGCUGUGUGUUAUUUGCAAUUUAUUUUUGAUCAUCUACCUUUUUUUUAUGUUUUCUAGUAGUAUAAUAAAUAUC